UCUCCGGCAGGUGCCCGUCCUUCCCCGGAGCCCCUCACUCACCUGGGCCGCCUGGAAGGGAGCGUGGAGAGAGAGACGCUGGACGCCACGAGGGACGGGACCAGGACCCCGCCGUGGGUCUGGCGCAGAUCCAAUCAAGAACCAUCUGAUCCCCUUCGUGAUGGAGUACGUAGAUAUCUUCAGCUCCCAUCUGACUGGACUGUGCUGAUACUACAUGCAAAAGUUGCUCAGAAAUCAUAUGGCAAUGAAAAAAGAUUUUUCUGUCCACCACCUUGUGUUUACCUCACUGGACCAGGCUGGAAAGAAAAGAAGGAAGAGAUUAAAGCCAAAGAUCUAACAGAGUCUGGUUCCAAGAUAUGUGGAUACAUAGGACUUGACAGCAUGGGCAGCAGCCACGUGGAGACCCUGAAGCUAAACUUUGAGGAACAAUCAGACUCCAAGGAAUUCAGUUGUGCCAAAGCCUUGUAUAUCUCAGAUUCUGACAAGAGGAAACACUUCCGGCUGGUCUUGAGGCUCUUCUUCAGCAACGGGCAGGAAAUUGGCACUUUCCACAGCAAGCUGAUCAAAGUGAUAUCUAAGCCCUCACAGAAGAAGCAGUCACUGAAGAACACAGACUUGUGCAUUUCAUCUGGAUCUAAGGUUUCUCUCUUCAACCGCCUGCGCUCCCAAACUGUCAGCACCCGUUACCUUUCUGUUGAGGGCGAUACCUUCACUGCAAGUGCCAGGCAGUGGGCUGCAUUUACACUUUAUCUGGAUGAGUUUUGUUCUGAAUCCAAAGGUGAAUUCCUCCUGCGGGAAGGCUACAUUCACUAUGGGUCCAUUGUCCGGCUUAUAUGCACAGUCACUGGCAUGGCACUGCCACCUCUGAUCAUUCGGAAAGUCACUAAGCAAUCGGUGAUGUUGGAUGUCGAUGAGCCUAUCUCCCAGUUGCAUAAAUGUGCUUUCCAGCUACACGGAAGUGAUGGGAUGUACCUCUGCCUCUCAGCCGAGAAACUGAUCCAGUUUCAGGCAGCUCCAUGCCCAAAGGAAAAAAAUCGGGAGUUGUUGAAUGACAGUUCCUGCUGGACUAUCAUUGGGACCGAGACUGUGGAGUACACAUUCAAUGACAGCCUCACUGGCAUGUUGGAUCCUGUCAGUCCGGUCCCUCUCAUCACAAAUCUGGAGCUGACAGGUGGAGGGGAUGUGGCAAUGCUAGAUGUUCAGGGAGAGCACUUCCAUGCAAACCUGAAGGUUUGGUUUGGAGAUGUGGAAGCGGAGACUAUGUACAGGAGCCCCACAUCCUUAGUGUGCGUUGUUCCUGAUGUUUCCGCAUUUAGCCAUGACUGGAGGUGGCUGAGAUAUCCCAUCACUGUCCCUCUCUUGCUGCUAAGGAAUGAUGGCCUGAUUUAUUCCAGCACAUUCAGCUUUACAUACACACCAGAGCAGAGUUUCAUCACAGAACCACCAAUUUUGCCAGAAAUGAUACAGGAUUCAGAUACUUUGCUUGACACCAUUCAUCAGGAGUUCACCAAGGCCAACUUUCACCUCUUCAUGCAAAGUUAGACCCAUGGUUUUGUCUAUGGUAAUUCAAAAGAAGUAUAGAGGAAAAAAAUUGCAGAAUAUCACAGUGAACACAAGAUUCACCUUUUUGGAAUUUUGCCCAAAAUUCAUUUGAGGAUAUAUGUCAUUACAAGUAGACUUGUAUCUGUGGGAAAUAGAAUUGAGCAGGCCUGUAAUUUCCAUAUUCAACAACAAGCUAGCAUACCAUUAUUGUUGAAGACAGCCAGUGAAGAAACUCUUGUGCAUCUUCACAAUUCACUAGGAGAGUCCCAUAGCACAUGUGCUAUGUAGCUAAGUAUAGAUAAACAUGUGGAACAUAGUGAUUGUGAAUCCUGGCCUUUUCCUUUAUAUGUAAAAUGUAUUUUUCCAGUUUUGGUGCCUUUGAAAAUAUAUUUGGAGUAUGAGUUGGGCUGCUAACAGUUGAACAUUCAUUGACCUUGACUCAGGAGUGACUUACAUGACCAUAACAAAUGUUACAAAACAUUAAAAUGGCAAAGUAAUAUAAAUUAAACAGGAUAUGAGAAAUUA